AUGGUUGGGCGGACAAGCAAUGGAACGCACGAUUACGCAGGUGCUCCUGGUGCACCUGCUGCGUCCGGACGGAGGAGAGGAGCAGGGACGGUAAGUCAGCCAACCAACAAUGGUAUACUUGUAACCUAUACCUGUACUAUGACAUCAGCCAAGAGGUCUGGACCUUUAUGGCACAGGACAUAGUGGAAUUGGGCUAUCCUUUAAUUGUGUUUGCUGGUUCAAGCAUUAAGAUGUCAAUCAUGUUUAAAAAAAUGAAGUAUCAAGUAGGCCUACUUUUUCCCAGAUUACUUUUGUGGCUGUAGUAAGGUAAGCAAGCAUGGAUCAUGAAAUUCAACCACAGUUGUCUCUCUCUGACUAUGCAACAGUGCCAUUUAUGUUCUUGUAGAGCUAUUUAAAGAAAGACAGAUGUGGAGUCAGAGAGACUCUUAUAUAAAGUGGUAGAAAGAAAGAAAGAAAGAAAGAAAGAAAGAAAGAAAGAAAGUGAGAGAACGUCCAGGGGAGAGACAAGUAAAGAUAGAGAGAGGAGAGAGAAGUAAAGAUAGAGAGAUGGAGAGAGAGGAGAGAAAUGUAAAGUUCAGCAAGAUCCACUUCCAUGCCCUGUUCCUGCUGGUUCAUAGGAAUAGAAUAAAGUUAAAGUUCUCUAUAGGUUCCUGCUCUGUACUGUAUAUCAUUGUAAUUCAGUAGGAAACAGUAUAAUGUUCUCCGUAUAUUCUUAAACGGUCUCCUCUCCUGUCCUCUCCGCUUGUUUUCUCUCAUAACAACUGAUCCCCAAAAGCACUGGAUAGGUGUCUACCACUAUAACAGCCUCCUGCUGUCACCUAUCCUGAUGUGGUCAAGGAGGAAAGGUGACAAGAAACAGGAGCUGAUUAAGACUGUUGGGACACAGCACAGGGAGGAACCAUUCCAACCUUUGAACACAUAGUGGUGUCUCAAUAGUUUAUUCUAAAGAGGUUUCCCUUCAUCUGUGCUAAUGUGGAAGAACUGGGUAUAUGAAAGCAACCUCAUUAGUGUGCAUGUAUGUGUCAUGGUUAGUUUCACCUAUAAUGUGUUUUCAGAGGAGAGGAGAGCUACUGUAGACUAUUGAGAAAUAGCCUCCAAGACACUAACGCUCACUGCUAUCCUUCACUGAUGGUCCUAGCCAGCUCAGCCAAUCCAUGUCACCCAUGCAAAUGAGACAGUGAGAGCUGUGCAUUGAUUGGAGCUCUCUCUCUCCUCUUUGUCAUCGCCAUGGCGAGAGUUUGGUGGUGCUUGGCUGCUGGUCUGUGAGCGAGGGAUCACUCUGCCAAAGGGAGGAGGAGAGGGAAGAGAGAGGGAGAGUAUAAGGAGGGAGAGAGGAGAGAGAGUAGGGCAGAGUGGGCGGGGAUACAAGGAGAAGUGACGAGAGAGGGAGGUAGAGAGAAAUAGAGAGAGAGGGGGUGGGAGAGAGAGAAAUAGAGCGAGAGAGGCAUCAUCUCACUGAUGCUGAGUCACAGACAGGGGGUGCAGCCGCUGUAUCCCAUGAGCCUUUAGGGGAAACAUGGAGGAGCUCGAGCACACCUGCCCCCAGCUGUGCACGGUAGGGUGUGUGUGUGUGUGUUGGGGGGGGGGGCAGCUAGUCUCCUUGUUGAUAUGAAAAGGAUCCACUGUCUGUGUGCGUCUUUGGGGGAUGCUCUGAAUGCUGAGUGGACUGUGUGUUUCUAUAUGUUGGGGGAGGGUGGGGGGUUGGGUGUGUUUCGCAGUAUUGGCAGGGGUGUGUGUGUAUGUGUAUAUAAGCAGCCUAGCAUAGAUCUCCUGACAAGGACACAUAAGCUAGGAAACAGAGGGGCGAUGCCAGCCCCAUUCAGUCUCUCUCUCUCUCUCUCUCUCUCUCUCUCUCUCUCUCUCUCUCUCUCUCUCUCUCUCUCUCUCUCUCUCUGUCUCUCUCUCUCUCUGUCUCUCUCUCUCUCUCUCUCUCUCUCUCUGCCCUUGUCUGUUCGCAUUUCUCCCUUUUAUCCUUUGUGCCUCUCUCCUUCUCUCUUCAUCCCCCCCCUCUCUCUCUCCCCCCCUUUCUUUACUCCAUCACAGCGUUGUUGUUUUUUUAGUUAAUCCUUCUUACAAUAGAUGUUCUCUGCUUGUGCCGGUGUCAGGGCUGUAGUAAGCGCGCUCGCUGCGGUCACUCUGAUUGGCCGAUUGACCGAGGCAGCCGCCUGCACUUUGUCCGCUCUGGGCUCCUCCCCGAUCUCACCUUGCAGUGGAUUGUGGGAGAAACGUUGCCUCAGUGAGUCCUCCUCACUGUUCCGUUCUGCCCCAUCUGUUGCCAUGGGGUCGGGAGCUCACACAGUGGUUUCUAGCAGAGACAAUCUGAAGAUGUUAUAUUUUUUUCUCUACCUCCUCUCUGUUCUACCUCAUCCCUUAUCCAUAUGGAAUAUGGAGAGGGGGAAUUACCUUGGAAUAUUAAGUGUUAUGGGAGUGGAUCCAUGAUGUCACUGGGGAAGUCACAGGGGGAAGUCACUGUGGAUGUCACUGGGGAAGUCAUGCAUGUUACAUUUUCUCUUUCUCUCCCCCUCUAAAGAAUGAGAGCGAGAGAGAGAGAGAGAGAUGUCAACAAUGUAAACAUAUGUUUCUCGUGCCAAUAAAGCCCUUUGAAUUUAAUUCAGAGAGAGAGAGAGAGAGAAAGUGUAAUGUCUACUGUUAAUAUUUAUUGUUUAUUUCACUUUUGUUUACUAUCUACUUCACUUGCUUUGGCAAUGUUAACACACGUUUCCCAUGCCAAUAAAGCCCUUAAAUUGAAAUUAGAGAGAGAGAGAGAGAGAGAGAGAGAGAGAGAGAGAGAGAGAGAGAGAGAGAGAGAGAGAGAGAGAGAGAGAGAGAGAGAGAGAGAGAGAGAGAGAGAGAGAGAGAGGUUGAGUUCCAUUUUAGCCAGAAGCAAAUCAAUAGCACUGAGUGCUGUUCGUCCCAUCACAAUGUAAUCAAUAGUUGUGAUAUAAAAUAGAUAUUAGGCCUCAUAAAUAGUCUAAUGGACAUUACUAUGCCAGAGAGAGGGGAUGGCAAUCAAAAAGGGGACAUGAAUGUCAUUCAACUUUUUUCUCUCCUCCAUCUCUCGCUUUCUCUCUCUGUAUUUCCCGUCCCUCUCUGGAUCUCCCGUUCUUCUCUGUAUCUCCCGUUGCUCUCUGGAUCUCCCGUUCCUCUCUGGAUCUCCCGUUCCUCUCUGUAUCUCCCGUUCCACUCUGGAUCUACCGUCCCUCUCUCCCGUUCCUUUCUGGAUCUCACAUCCAUCUCUGAAUCUCCCGUUCCUCUCUGGAUCUCCCGUUCCUCUCUAGAUCUCCCAUCCCUCUCUCCCGUUCCUCUCUGUAUCUCCCAUUCCUCUCUGUAUCUCCCAUUGCUCUCUAUAUCUCCCGUUCCUCUCUCUAUCUCCCGUUCCUGUCUGGAUCUCCCGUCCCUCUCUGGAUCUCCCGUCCCUCUCUCCCAUUCCUCUCUGGAUCUCCCGUUCCUCUCUGGAUCUCCCGUUCCUCUCUGGAUCGCCCGUUCCUCUCUGUAUCUCCCGUUCCACUCUGGAUCUACCGUCCCUCUCUCCCGUUCCUUUCUGGAUCUCACAUCCAUCUCUGAAUCUCCCGUUCCUCUCUGGAUCUCCCGUUCCUCUCUAGAUCUCCCAUCCCUCUCUCCCGUUCCUCUCUGUAUCUCCCAUUCCUCUCUGUAUCUCCCAUUGCUCUCUAUAUCUCCCGUUCCUCUCUCUAUCUCCCGUUCCUGUCUGGAUCUCCCGUCCCUCUCUGGAUCUCCCGUCCCUCUCUCCCAUUCCUCUCUGGAUCUCCCGUCCCUCUCUGGAUCUCCCGUCCCUCUCUGGAUCUCCCGUCCCUCUCUCCCGUCCCUCUGGAUCUCCCGUUCCUCUCGGUAUCUCCCGUCCUUCUCUGGAUCUCCCGUCCCUCUCUGGAUCUCCCGUCCCUCUCUCCCGUCCCUCUCUGGAUCUCCCGUCCCUCUCUGGAUCUCCCGUCCUCCUCCGUCCCUCUCUCCCGUCCCUCUCUGGAUCUCCCAUCCCUCUCUGGAUCUCCCGUCCCUCUCUCCCGUCCCUCUCUGGAUCUCCCGUCCCUCUCUCCCGUCCCUCUCUGGAUCUCCCGUCCCUCUCUGGAUCUCCCGUCCCUCUCUCCCGUCCCUCUCUGGAUCUCCCAUCCCUCUCUCCCGUCCCUCUCUGGAUCUCCCAUCCCGCUCUCUGUCUCUCUCUCAUCCCUCUCUCCAUCUCUCUCUCAAAUUCUAUUUGAUUCUUUCUGUCUCUUUUGCUUUUCAGGUUUAUCACAUAUUUUCUCUCCCUUCUUUUCUUCUCCUCUUUGCCACUCUUUUCAUCUAUCAUGUGGUUCCUCUGUAAAUCCAAACCAUUUGUGGUUUGUUGAGACGAGUCAAAUGGUUUUGUAGAUGUGAAUUUGAUGCAAGUGCUGUUUUAAUAUGCUGAUGUUAGCGCUAUAACGCUGAACUAAUAAAGUGACUAACAGUUAAAUCUCUCUUUCUCUCUUUCUCUCUCUCGCUCGCUCGCACUCUCUCUCAAUUCAAUUCAAUUCAAUUCAAAGGGCUUUAAUUGCAUGGGAAACAUAUGUUUACAAUGCCAAAGCAAGUGAAAUGGAUAAACAAAAGUGAAAGAAUCAAUUAAAAAAAUUACAGUAAACAUUACACUCACAAAAGUUCUCUCUCUCUCUCUCUCUCUCUCUCUCUCUCUCUCUCUCUCUCUCUCUCAGAUGCUGACUGAGCCUGCUAUUUUUGCAAAGGACACCAGCUGUGAGUGCCGCGCCCCUCAUGAGAAACUCUCCAUCGCUCAGGCCCGCAGAGGGACCCCAAGUAUACCUCCUCUCUUCCUCUGUUCCGAGCUCCAUCCCUCUUUUAUCACUAUUCCUCCUCUCAUCCUCAUUCUUCAUCCUCUCCUCAGUAUUUUCACUCAUAACCAUCCCUUCUUCUUUUCCACAUCCUCCUCACAUUCACUCACUUUCUCCUCCUCCUCUCUCCUCUCCUCUGAUGGUGUUAUAUAUGUGCUAGAUGUAAACUCUGUGUGUGUCCUCUAGAUGUAAACUCUGUGUGUGUCCUCUAGAUGUAAACUCUGUGUGUGUCCUCUAGAUGUAAACUCUGUGUGUGUCCUCUAGAUGUAAACUCUGUGUGUGUCCUCUAGAUGUAAACUCUGUGUGUCCUCUAGAUGUAAACUCUGUGUGUGUCCUCUAGAUGUAAACUCUGUGUGAGUCCUCUAGAUGUAAACUCUGUGUGAGUCCUCUAGAUGUAAACUCUGUGUGUGUCCUCUAGAUGUAAACUCUGUGUGUGUCCUCUAGAUAUAAACUCUGUGUGUGUCCUCUAGAUGUAAACUCUGUGUGUGUCCUCUAGAUGUAAACUAUAUGUGUGUCCUCUAGAUGUAAACUCUGUGUGUGUCCUCUAGAUGUAAACUCUGUGUGUGUCCUCUAGAUGUAAACUCUGUGUGUGUCCUCUAGAUUAGAUGUAAACUCUGUGUGUGUCCUCUAGAUGUAAACUCUGUGUGUCCUCUAGAUGUAAACUCUGUGUCCUCUAGAUGUAAACUCUGUGUGUCCUCUAGAUGUAAACUCUGUGUGUGUCCUCUAGAUGUAAACUCUGUGUGUGUCCUCUAGAUGUAAACUCUGUGUGUGUCCUCUAGAUGUAAACUCUGUGUGUGUCCUCUAGAUGUAAACUCUGUGUGUGUCCUCUAGAUGUAAACUCUGUGUGUGUCCUCUAGAUGUAAACUCUGUGUGUGUCCUCUAGAUGUAAACUCUGUGUGUGUCCUCUAGAUGUAAACUCUGUGUGUGUCCUCUAGAUGUAAACUCUGUGUGUGUCCUCUAGAUGUAAACUCUGUGUGUGUCCUCUAGAUGUAAACUCUGUGUGUGUCCUCUAGAUGUAAACUCUGUGUGUGUCCUCUAGAUGUAAACUCUGUGUGUCCUCUAGAUGUAAACUCUGUGUGUGUCCUCUAGAUGUAAACUCUGUGUGUGUCCUCUAGAUGUAAACUCUGUGUGUGUCCUCUAGAUGUAAACUCUGUGUGUGUCCUCUAGAUGUAAACUCUGUGUGUGUCCUCUAGAUGUAAACUCUGUGUGUGUCCUCUAGAUGUAAACUCUGUGUGUGUCCUCUAGAUGUAAACUCUGUGUGUGUCCUCUACAUGUAAACUCUGUGUGUGUCCUCUAGAUGUAAACUCUGUGUGUGUCCUCUAGAUGUAAACUCUGUGUGUGUCCUCUAGAUGUAAACUCUGUGUGUGUCCUCUAGAUGUAAACUCUGUGUGUGUCCUCUAGAUGUAAACUCUGUGUGUCCUCUAGAUGUAAACUCUGUGUGUGUCCUCUAGAUGUAAACUCUGUGUGUGUCCUCUAGAUGUAAACUCUGUGUGUGUCCUCUAGAUGUAAACUCUGUGUGUGUCCUCUAGAUGUAAACUCUGUGUGUGUCCUCUAGAUGUAAACUCUGUGUGUGUCCUCUAGAUGUAAACUCUGUGUGUGUCCUCUAGAUGUAAACUCUGGUGUGUCCUCUAGAUGUAAACUCUGUACGUGUUCUCUCCAGUGGACCGUCCAGUGCGUGUAUAUGCAGAUGGAAUAUUUGAUCUGUUCCACUCCGGCCAUGCCAGAGCCCUGAUGCAGGCCAAGAACCUCUUCCCCAACGCAUACCUCAUAGUGGGAGGUAUGUACACACACACACACACAGAUAUGUACAGACAUACAUUUAUAAACAUGUGGAUAUAAUGACUCAGUAUGAAUAACUCAUAUAUGUUUUGCUAUCUGUUUUUGUGUACCUUUGUGACUUUGUGUGUGUGUGUGUGUGCGCGUGUGUGUGUCAGUGUGCAGUGAUGAGCUGACACACAAGUACAAGGGUUUCACAGUGAUGACAGAGGAGGAGAGGUACGAGGCUCUGAGACACUGUCGCUAUGUCGACGAGGUGGUCCGAGACGCACCAUGGACGCUCACACAGGACUUCCUGGAGAAACACCAGGUGUGUCUGGCUGUUCCCACCUGUUAAUUCAGCGCUCUCUGACUUGUGUAUGUAAAGACUAAUGUGCUAGCAUGCAUGUCUCUUUUCUAGGUGUCAGUUUAUCUGCAUGGGCUUUCUUUUUCUGUCUUCCUGUUCUGUGAUUCUUGUCUUCCUGUUCUGUGAUUCUUGUCUUCCUGUUCUGUGAUUCUUGUCUUCCUGUUCUGUGAUUCUUGUCUUCCUGUUCUGUGAUUCUUGUCUUCCUGUUCUGUGAUUCUUGUCUUCCUGUUCUGUGAUUCUUGUCUUCCUGUUCUGUGAUUCUUGUCUUCCUGUUCUGUGAUUCUUGUCUUCCUGUUCUGUGAUUCUUGUCUUAUUCUGUUCUGAUUGUUUCUCAGAUCGAUUUUGUGGCUCAUGACGAUAUCCCAUACUCCUCAGCAGGAACUGAGGACGUCUACAAACACAUCAAGGAGGCAGGUGUGUGUGUGUAUGUGUGUGUAUGUGUGUGUGUGUGUGUGUCUAAACUGUAUUCACAAUCAGUUAAGUAUUGCGUAGCCAUACCUUGAAAUCACAUUGUUGUCACGCCUCCUUUGGAGAAUUUUGUAUUAGCCGAAAUGGCUAGAAUGGUCCGCUACAAUUUUAUUAGAUGUUACAUCUCAAGAACCCUCCCCACAUGCCCGUAGGAGGGGUGCUGCGUGUUAUGUUCGUCACUGUUUUCCGACUGCAGAGAGUUGUUGCGUACCGUUAUGCUAGUUUGCAAUAUUGCAGAAUAUAGAAGAAAACCAGGAGGAAAAAGGUGAUUGUGUUUUUCCAGAAGUGUGCUGUAGUCGAUGAAGACAUUACAACUCCUCUGCUUGAACAUAUGCCUGUAUGGCUUCAACACUCUCCGCCCAAGCAAGCAAGGCAUUUGAUUGGUUUGACGUGUUGCGAGGCGUCACUUAUUUACACCGGGUUUCCUCCCCUUUCUAGCUACUUUCUGCCAUUGACUUCACCAGGCUUUCCGAUUAGGGAAGGCUGAUUCUCCACGAGGCUAACGAUCAGUGUAUGUGUUCCUGUGUGUGUGUUUAUUUAUAAUGUAUGUUUGUUAUGUGUGUUUGUGUUUCCAGGCAUGUUCGUGCCGACCCAGCGGACGGAGGGUAUCUCGACCUCUGACCUGAUCACUCGUAUCGUACGAGACUACGACCUCUACGCAAGACGCAACCUACAGCGAGGCUACACCGCUAAAGAGCUCAACGUCAGCUUCAUCAACGUAAGUGUAUCUGUGUGGUGUCUACCCUGAAAUGAACUGUCGCUUUUGUGCGUAUGUGUGUCUGUGUACACUGGGAACAUAACGGAUGACUUUCAAAAAACACACAGACAUACAAUACAGCCAACCUUCCUCCAACCUCCUUCCAACCUUCCUCCAACCUCCCUCCAACUUCCCCCAACCUCUCUCCCUCCAACCUCCCUUCAACUUCCCUCCCUCCAACCUCCCUCUAACCUUCCUCAGGAGAAGAAGUACCGCCUGCAGAACCAGGUGGACCGUAUGAAGGAAGCAACAUUCCUUCAACCUUCCUCCAACCUCCCUCCAACAUUCCUCCAACCUUCCUACAACCUUCCUACAACCUCACUCCAACAUUCCUACAACAUUCCUCCAACCUCCAUCCAACCUUCCUCCAACCUCCCCCCAACCUCCCUCCAACCUCCCCCCCACCUCCCUCCCUCCAACUUCCCUCCAACCUGUUGAUCAUAUCACUCCAUAGUUUUACGUUCUCCCUUUUCUCCAUCCUUUCUUUUAGUUUUUUAUCUCAACUAGGGUAAACAUGAUAGAAGGUAUUUCACAGCGAUCUUUUGCAGUGUGAUUUUUUGCUGUGUUAUAUUCAGUGAGCAGGCCUACACUGUCACAGAGCUCUCCAGAUAGAGACUGAAUUCAUAGACAAACAGACACAGUUCUCUAUCCUAUAGAAUAAGAUAAUAGACUGUGUCUGCCCUAUGCAUUCUGUUUCUACCUGCAUCAUUCUGUAACAUGGUGCAUGCUGACUGACUGUGCCCUAGUGGAGACUUAACAGAGAGAAACACUGUCCUCUAGAGGAGUAGUAGUGUGACUGCAUCCUUCCUGGGAGACAAGGAGAGAAGGCCACUUGAAGGGCUCCACACAGUCUACACAACAGAUCCGACGGAGCUUAGUUUGCGUAGCUCUCUACGUAAUUCUACGUACUUUUGUGCGGCUGAAUUUUUGGAAAGCAUGAAAUCACUGUGGAGAGUCCGUUCGACUAUUGAGAUGCACCCCUUGCCAUAGCGACUGCAUAAAUGAAUGGAUGUUACAUUUCAACGAUGGUAACGCCAAGGAACUCAGCUCCCUCCAACAUUCCUCCAACCGUCCUCCAACCUCCCCUCAACUCCCUCCCUCUCUCCAACCUUCCUCCAACCUCCCUUCCUUCCUCCCUCCAACCUCCCUCCAACAUUCCUCCAACCGUCCUCCAACCUCCCCUCAACUCCCUCCCUCUCUCCAACAUUCCUCCAACCUCCCUUCCUCCCUUCCUCCCUCCAACAUUCCUUCAACUUUCCUCCAACCUCCCUCCAACUUUCUUCCAACCUUCCUUCAAUGUUCCUCCAUCCUCCCUCCAACCUCCCUCCCACAUUCCUCCAACUUCUCCCAACCUCCCUCCAACCUCUCUCCCUCCAACCUCCAUCGAACCUUCCUCCAACCUUCCUCAGGAGAAGAAGUACCGCCUGCAGAACCAGGUGGACCGUAUGAAGGAGAAGGUGAAGACGGUGGAGGAGAAGAGUAAACACUUUGUCUACCGUGUGGAGGAGAAGAGCCAUGACCUCAUACAGAAGUGGGAGGAGAAAUCACGGGAGUUCAUUGGUAACUUCCUGGAACUGUUCGGCCCAGAUGGAACAUGGGUAAGUCAGGCCUGUCUCUAAUGCUCCGCUCUUUGUUCACAAAUCUAAUCUAUGAACUAAACUGUGCACCUCCAACUAGACUUUGAAGUGAAAGUACUCUCACACACUGGUCUCUCUCCCCCUCCCUCUCUCUCCAUCCCUCUCUGCUCUCUGUCUCUCUCGCUCUCUCUCUCCACCCUAUCCUCUCUCUUCUCUCUCCCCCCUCCCUCUCUCUCCAUCCCUCUCCGCUCUCUCUCUCUCUCUCCAUCCCUCUACCCUAUUCUCUCUCCACUCUCCCCCUCCCUCUCUUUCCAUCACUCUCCUUUCGCCCUCUCUUUCCUAUCUCUCUCUCUCUCUCUAUCCCUCUACCAUCUCCCUCUCUCCCCUCUCUCUCCCUAACAGAAACAGGUGUUUAGUGAGCGUAGUGGUCGGAUGAUCUCCUACGCUCUGUCACCUCGCGGGUCGCCUAGCAACAGUCCACCCCGGCAACUGUCUCCAUCCCGUUCCCCAUCUCCUCCCUCUCGCUGGUCUCACCCCAGGCCAGUCUCCCACUCCUCACACAAAGGAGCCUCAGCCUCCUUCAGUAGCAUGAGUGAGGAAAAUGAGAAUGGGAAGUGUGAAACACAAUGCCGUGUUCAAAACAACUGGGAACUCGGAAAUCUCUGACUUCUGACUUUAGUACAUUCAAGACAACUCAGAAAAAAACGUGGGGGGAAAAAACCAGCUCCGACUGGGAAAAUCGUUUUUGAACGGUCGUCUUACAUGCUGACCAGACCGUGCGCGUGUUGAUUUUGUCCACCGACACCAGACGCGAUCAGGACACGCAGGUUGAAAUAUCAAAACGAACUCUGAACCAACUAUAUUCAUUUGGGGACAGGUCGAAAAGCAUUAAACAUUUAUAGCAAUUUAGCUAGCUAGCUUGCUGUUGCUAGCAAAUUUGUCCUGGGAUAUAAACAUUGGGUUGUUAUUCUACCUGAAAAGCACAAGGUCCUCUACUCAGACAAUUAAUCCACAGAUAAAAGGGUAAACCGAGUUUGUUUCUAGUAAUCUCUCCUCCGUCAGGCUUCUUCUUCAUCUUUGGACUUUAUAUGGCGGUUUGCAACCAACUUUAAGGUGCAUUACCACAACCAACUGGACUGGAGUGUGGACCUCAGUUCAUCUUUCAAUCACCCACGUUGGUAUAUGCUCCUAAAAACCAAUGAGGACAUGAGAGAGGCAGGACUUGGAGCGCGUCAAGCGUCACAAAUAGAACCAAGUUAUAUUUUAGCGCCUGGCUACGUAGACGCUCGUUGACGCGCGCAAUGAUUGAAUAACAUGUAUGUGUACGUUUAUUUUGCAACACGCGCGCACGCGACGGUCAGCAUGUAACUCGAAAUUCCAAGUUGGAAACUCUGACAUCUUUCUAGAACUCCAACUUUCCGACAUGAAGAUCACUGACGUCAUGAUUUGACCUCGUUUUUUUCAGAGUUCCCAGUUGUCACCCCCCACCACACACACACACACACAAUCUGACAUCUUCUUCCACACACUGGCAGCAAUGACUGGAUGCUGAAACUGUAUCUACCAGGAAGUUGUAGAUAUGCAAGACAGAAGGGGGUCAUGGGAAAUGUAGUCUAGUGCUGUAGCACAAAGAAGCCAUCACAGUCUCUGUUGCCUGGGCAACGAAGCAGAUGGGAGUGUAGAGACGAUGAUGCGACUGCUCUGUUUUCGAUUGCUCAGGUCUGACAGAGGCGGUAAAUAAAAUAGUGCCUGUUGAUCAUAUCACUCCAUAGUUUUACGUUCUCCCUUUUCUCCAUCCUUUCUUUUAGUUUUUUUAUCUCAACUAGGGUAAACAUGAUAGAAGGUAUUUUACAGCGAUCUUUUGCAGUGUGAUUUUUUGCUGUGUUAUAUUCAGUGAGCAGGCCUACACUGUCACAGAGCUCUCCAGAUAGAGACUGAAUUCAUAGACAAACAGACACAGUUCUCUAUCCUAUAGAAUAAGAUAAUAGACUGUCUCCCCUAUGCAUUCUGUUUCUACCUGCAUCAUUCUGUAACAUGGUGCAUGCUGACUGACUGUGCCCUAGUGGAGACUUAACAGAGAGAAACACUUCCCUCUAUAGGAGUAGUAGUGUAACUGCACCCUUCCUGGGAGACGAGGAGAGAAGGCCACUUUAGGCUAUUGAGAUACACCCCACUGAAUCACUAAUUAUUCUGUACCAGAUUAUUUGCCAUAGGGACUGCAUAAAUUAAUGGAUGUAAAAAAAAAUGGGGGGCGGGGGUGGCAGGUAGCCUAGCAGUUAAGAGCAUUGGGCCCGUAGCUGGUUCGAAUCCUCGAGCUGACUAGGUGAAAAAUCUGUUGAUGUGCCAUUGAGCAAGGCACUUAACCCUAAUUUCCCUGGAUAAGAACGUCUGCUAAAUGAUUAACAUUUAAAAUUUAAAUUUCAACAAUGGUAACACCAUGGAACGCAGUACCUGAUUGGUGAUUGCACAAUUAACAGAACACUUGGAACUUCAGUAUCAGGGAGGUUUGUCCCCCCCCCUUUCCCAAUAUGGCCGCCUGCCCGGCCCAUCUCUUGUAAACAGUGCAAUCAACUAGAGAAACUGAUCUAUCAAUUCUGUAGCGUUUAGAAUGUACAAUUGUGACUGAGCUUAUUCAGGGGACUUCCUUAGAGACCAGAGAACAAAGGUUGUAGUCCAGAGAUGGCCAGUGUUAUCCACAAAGGGCUGGCAUGGCCAUGGCAUCAGGUUGUGUGUUACAACUUGGCUGGAACAAAAACCAGUACCGGGCUUUUGUGGAUUGCCUUGUUCACCUCAGCCGUGGUAGAAUCAUCAUGGUCUCUGGCAUAGCUAGUCACAACACCACACAGAACUGUGAACUCUCUUCAACUCGAUGUCUCUCGCUAUGACACAACUGUUCCACAGCGGAAAGCCACAUGAGAGCACCUGAAACCACUUGCUACCACACACCUCCUGAUCCGCCUUGGAGACGUUCUUGUCCUGUAUGUAACGUAUGUAACCCUGCAAUGUAUGUACAAACUUGGGAAGUCUGUUUCUGUUUGUAUUGUCUUAUUUUCUAAUGGCUUAAUAUGUAAAUAAAUAGAAAAUGAAAAUCAUUGAAAGAGAAGCAGCUUGGUGAUUGUUUCCUCUCAAUCUCUCUUUUUCAUCAGAUACAGACUCGCUGCACAGAACAGAACAGAGCAGAGAAGAACAGACCAGAGCAGAACAGAGCAGAACAGACCAGAGCAGAACAGACCAGAGCAGAACAGACCAGAGCAGACCAGAGCAGAGCAGAGCAGAGCAGACCAGAGAAGAACAGUGGCAGUUGUUUUCCUUCUUCUUAUUGUAGGUUUGGAUAAUUUACAGUAGGUAUUACAGUAGGUAUUGCAAGCUUGAGCUCAUUCUGAAUACCUCUAUGUUGUUGUAUGUGACUGUGUGUAUUAGCUAGCCAAUACUGUACCAUGUAUACAUAUAAAAGUUAAAGUUUGUUUUGUGACAGCGUACGUAUGCAUGAUCUUUCUCUACUGGGAGGAGGUCAUGCAUGCCAAGUGCUCAGUCAUCUCCUUACAUCAGAGAUACAGUAGGGAUACAGAAGGGAAAUCACUCAUACACACACAUGAUAACAUGCGCACUAUACACACACGUACACAUGGAUUUUGUGUUGCAGAUAUGUGGUAGUGGAGUAGGGGCCUGAGGGCACACGCUUAGUGUGCUGUGAAAUCUGUUAUGAAUGUAGUGUAAUGUUUUUUUUUAAAUGGUAUAACUGCCUUAAUUUUGCUGGACCCCAGGAAGAGUAGCUGCUGUAUUGGAAGGAAGUAAUGGGGAUCCAUAAUAAACCCCAGGAAGAGUAGCUACUGCCUUGGCAGGAAGUAAUGGGGAUCCAUAAUAAACCCCAGGAAGAGUAGCUGCUGCCUUGGCAGGAAGUAAUGGGGAUCCAUAAUAAACCCCAGGAAGAGUAGCUGCUGCCUUGGCAGGAAGUAAUAGGGAUCCAUAAUAAACCCCAGGAAGAGUAGCUGCUGCCUUUGCAGGAAGUAAUGGGGAUCCAUAAUAAACCCCAGGAAGAGUAGUGCUGCCUUGGCAGGAAGUAAUGGGGAUCCAUAAUAAACCCCAGGAAGAGUAGCUGCUGCCUUGGCAGGACGUAAUGGGGAACCAUAAUAAACCCCAGGAAGAGUAGCUGCUGCCUUGGCAGGAAGUAAUGGGGAUCCAUAAUAAACCACAGGAAGAGUAGCUGAUGCCUUGGCAGGAAGUAAUGGAGAUCCAUAAUAAAUACAAAUACAAAAUACUCCAAGCCGGCUCAUACAUUACCAUACUGUAUAUACUGUAGAUACUAUAUAAGCCACUAAUACCUUCCCUACAGCUAACUUAUUUUAGGUGCAAAUGAGGAUAGCUAGAAACGCAAACAAACAGGCAAAUCUUAUCUCAGAGUUAACUGUGACUAUUGAUACUAUUGAUCAGUCCUGUAUGAAAUGUAAUCCUCACAUGAAGACGAAGUGUACAUAUAGCCUGUGACCUUUUAAAACAAGAGAGGGAGGAAAGAGCCCUCUCCGAAAUAAUCAUCAUCCAGUUACACUAAAAUAAAAAGACUGAAAAAUGGAAGUAAAAAAUGUAUGAUCAAAAAGCAACCCUGUUCCCAUGCAAAAUAAUACCUGUUCCAGAAAUACAUGAUAUUUGUUUCCUAAACCGCCAUUAAAGAGCAAUUGCCUUUAAAAAGCAAUGAAUCCCUUUGAAAACGGCCUAUGUGGAAUCGAUAUGAGUCAGAAACAGUUAUUCUAGUGUCAAAAUUGACUACAAAGUGUAAAUAGUAUCAUUUUGGUCAUAAAGACAGUCUCGUCUAAAACUGAGUUUGGAACAUCCGUAUGUCACAAUGGUUAAAUAAAGGUUGGGUUUCGAUUUGACAAUGUCCCACUAACAUGGGGUGAACAGCUGUGGUGAUCGCUCGCUAUCCAAUAGCAUAGAUAGACAGUGAGACAGACGUGCUCCGCUGCUCCGACUUUGUUUACAUAAGACAACACGUCACAAAUGUAUUUACUUGAAUAAUACUGCACUAAACACCUUAGAUGUAAAACUGUGCAACUAAAACAUCCUCGGCAAAAACGUAAAAAUGUAUUACAGAUUUCUUGAGUUAUUUUAGAUUCAUUCUAGGGAUUUAGAGGACGUGAAAUAGGCUUCCGCGUCUACAGUGUCUCAUGGGGGACAAACAUCAUUAACCAAACACAGAAUUGGUCAGGAAACAUACCUCCAAGACUGAAAUCUCUUUAUUCUAAUGAGCAACAGAAAAAAACAUGUGCAAAUCGGCGUGUUCAGUCGCUCUUUAACUCCUGCACAAACAAUGGAAUUUCAAAAUGGCCGCUUUGUUAUGCCACUACAACACCACAGAAUUUCUUCUUGACACUUCGAUGAAAAUACUAAUUUCAUCCAAUCCCUUACAUCAUUGAAGAACAUAGAUUAGGGGCUAAAAUAGAUUUGGUUGGGGGGGCCCCCACCUCACAGCAAAACAUUUUAGUGGCCUCCCUUUCGACAGUGGGGAGAAAAAUUCAUGUUUAAAAGUUAAUUUCCUGCAAUUCUACACAUUUUGAUAUGGGCGGAGAGAAGGUGUUGCAAUUUAAUAACAGAUUUCAUGUAAUUCUACUCAUUUUGCCAUGGGGCAGAGAGACCAUUUUUGCAGUUUUACAGCUAAUUUCCUGCAAUUCUACACAUUUUGUAAUGACUUAUGCCAUGUUCAUAUGAUAUCUGACUGAGAAUCACUAACAAAAUCAAUGGGGGCCCCCUGGAGGUCAGGGCCCCUGGGCACGGUUGGUAUUGGGCUAUGAUUACUAUAAGUUAGAUAGGUGGCAAGACUAAGGUAGUGGGUUCGAUCCCCGGGACCACCCAUACAUAAAAAUGUAUGCGCACAUGACUGUAAGUCGCUUUGGAUAAAAGCGUCUGCUAAAUGGCAUAUUAUUAUUAUUAUUACUAACUACCAAGCUAAGAAUUGUUAGCUGACAUGGCUAAUUGAGUGACUGUCAGUUGCUAGGUUUCCAUCCAAUUGGCGACAGAUUUUCAUACGAAUAUUCUAAAAUCUGCAUAAAGAAAAUAUGCGCAUGUUUCCACCAAAGUACUUGUUACAGAUAAAAAUCAGUGUGUGGUGAUGUAGUGCACACAAAAUGUACUUUUUCACUUAAGUUUUCAUGUACCGAAUACAAAUCUAAAGUUCAAUGUGUUGCCAUCGCAUUUUCAACUCUACCGCUAGGUUUGUCACAUAAACGGUUCCGUUACAUAGCAAAUGUGCCUACUCUGGUCUUGGUGUAAUAUUCAUGUGUCAGCAUACUGAAUUAUAUAUAAUGUCCUGCAUUCUACUGUCGUAUGAUUGGUUAAGACCACCCAGGUGGUGAGGUCAUUCUUCAAGAUGAUCAUGGCCGGAGAUAAAUUAACACGGCAGUUAUAUCUAGCUAAUAAAGAGAUACGUAUAUAAAGAUCCUGUCGUGCUGCAUUUUAUUAUUUUGCAUAAGGCAUACAAAACAAGACAUGGUGUCAGAGUAAAAGGACUAAAAUAUGGAUUUUGCUGGAGUUCCUUCACCUCGAAUGGAUUGGGGGUCUACAAAUCUACCCGAUGCAUGGCGUAAGUUCAAACAGUAUGUGGAGCUAAUGUUCACCGGUCCUCUGAAGGAAAGCGAGGAAGAGGAAAAGUGCAGCUAUCUGCUCCUCUGGAUCGGUGAAAAAGGGAGAGACAUUUACAACACAUGGACACUUACCGAGGCUGUAUCAAAGGUACUGAAAACAUACUACGAUCGUUUUGAAGCAUAUGUUGUGCAAAAGACCAAUACAAUUUUCGCUAGGUACAAAUUCCAUGAGAAAAUACAAGGCGCUAGCGAAUCGUUUGAACAGUUUGUCACUGAGCUGCGUCUGCUUGUGAAAGACUGUGAUUAUGCAAACAAGGAUGAGAUGGUCAGGGACCGUAUUGUGGGGUUCUAUUUUCUCAUAACUGGAUGGGAUGACUAACUUACAAAGAAUGCAUUAAUGAUUAAAGCAUAAAAAGUUUAUACUGUACUGAUAUGAAUUGUUUCACAUAACAGGCUGUGAUUCAUGUGAGGAACGUUAGGGGCUAGGAUGAGAUAAAACGUGUAUUUCUUAUAGAUAAGACUUGUAUUUCUCACAGAGACUACACUGCUUCUUUGUGAUCUGUGAACCGUCCAAGGACAUGGGUACUGCAAAAAGUGAUGACUCUACAGGUUGUUAUGAUAAAAACGUAUGCCUGGCAACAGGGAUGCGCCAAGAGGCUGGGACCAGCCGGUGCGCCAACGGAUUGGCUGAGUAAGUCUAAACCACGCUCAGUUUCUACUCUGAUUGGCCAGCAGAGAGCGGGAACUAAAAACUGUCAGAGUAUUUGAAGAAGAACCUGUAACAAUGGAUUAGUUCUCUGUCUGCCCUGCGUGGUAUUUCAGUGAGCCCGUAUACAAACCAACAUACUUAUCAUACAUACAUUUUGCAUAUAAUAAAUUUAGCUUGGAUUGAAUAUCUCUUGAUUAUGUUUUCUCUUAUUCCAAUACCAGAUUUGAAUUAUGAAAUUUCUAACAGUAUUGUAUUUGGAAUACACUCACCGCGAGUGAGAGAGAAACUUUUGAAUGUUGGGUCUGAGCUAACGGUUGACAAAGCUAUCGACAUAGCCAGAUCUCACGAGCUAACACAGGUUCAGAUGAAAACCAUUUCUGGCGGCACCACGUGAACAAGCAGUGGACGCAGACAGAGCAUGUCAAAGAACGGAGAAAGACAGAACUCCAAAACAGAGCGACACAGACUCCAAACGCCCCAAAACAUGUGGAUAUUGUGGAUACAAAGUGCAUGGCGAACAGGGAAAUUGCCCAGCUAAAGGCAAACAGUGUACUAAAUAUGGAAAAUUGAAUCAUUUUGCAAAACGUGCACAGAGACAACAACUCCAAAAGCGAUGCUACGACAGGUCAGCUAGACCACUGCCACCACUGAACGACGGAGUCAGUUAGAAUCCAGGAGCAUGGCUACUGGAAGCCAUCAGUCGUCACUGAACGUUCAUAUCACGUUCGCACCGCAGAAGGAGUGGUGUACCGCAGCAAUCGUCGUCACCUACAGAACACAAAAGAACAACACACUGACGAGAUGAACUGUUCCCCUGAAAGAGAACGGGAUGGACUAAACACAAGACACAACACAACAUACACCAUACUUACCUGCAACACCACAAUAACUGUUGAGUGACACAGAAGCAUGCUCAGCUUCAUAUCACACAAGGUCAGGAAGAGAGGUCAAGCCUAGAGCUGUCCUAGACCUGUGAAAUGUCAACGGGGUGCAGGCGGAUCGCUGCCCUAAAAGAGUUCCGGACUGUAAACUUGUUAUUGAAAAGUUAACUUGAAAUGCUUUGGUAUUGUAUUUGUUUGAUAUGUUGAGAUGUCAUUGCUACAGUGAAAAGCUGAGUUGCUGAGAAAUAUUAGUUCUAAAAGUAACAGUAUGCUGAAUCAUUGUUUGUCUGUUAUGUUGAUGCAGUUGGUGCAGUAUAGAUGGUUACUCACCUCGAGUUCAAACUACAGAGCAUGUUUUCAAAAUAUGUUUUUAAAAUAUGUACAUUUUUCUUCUUCUUUUUUUUAAAGAAGGGGGAUGUAAUAUUCAUGUAUCAGCAUACUGAAUUGUAAUUGGAUGCGUUCUACCGUGGUAUCAUACUGCGCUAUGAUUGGUUAAGACCACCCAGGUGGUGAGGUCAUCUUUUAAGAUGAUCAUGGCCGGAGACACAUGAACAUGCCAGUCAUGUCUAGUUAAUAAAGAGCUACGUUUAUAAAGAUCCUGUCGUGCUGCAUUGGAUUAUUUUGUAUAAAGCAUACAAAACAAGAUACUUGGCACAUGCGCUCUAGCCAACAGCUGGCAGAUACAGUGCGGCUAGCCUAGUUUACACGAUGAGAUUAUUACGGAGAAUAUUUGUAUUUGUCAAACGGCAGUCAAUCGUCAUGUCACCAGAAUAAGACCCUCGAUAUUUAUUGGAAAGGAGCAUCAAGAUCACAGUGAACUUUCACCACCUUGUGAAGUUCAUCAUAAUUUAUUUAAUCUGUAGCCUAAUAAACCGCAUGGUUUUCCGAGUUGUAGUGGGAGGACCACACAACAUAUCAUCGCGUGACUCCCAAGUUUACUUCGAUACGAUGGUUAUAUCAAUAUUUGUGCAUAAAGUUGUUUCCACCACCAUUUAUUGCAUAAUUAAUUUUACAGACACAAAAAAAAUCCCACAGUGUCAAACGAACUAAUUAUCUGUCGGCAUUUAUAAAAUUUUAACAAAACUUCCUGUUUCUAUCACAGCUGUUGUGUUUUUGUUUUUUUUAUACGGUAUGACUUUAUUCACAUAAAAACUGUGGCUGGAAAUGUGGUUACUGGCUGACAUAACAAGAGAAAAAUAGCUGAUGCACAACCAACUUCCUAGUGCCCUUAGUCACCACUUAUCUAGUUUAUGCCCGGAACUGGUCCUGGGGACGGAAAAGCUGCUUUUUAACAUAUUGAAUUACAAUUUUUUUGGAAGGAAAGUUAUUUAACUCAUAUUGUAAUUAAUUAUAGGUCAUUUACAUUUACAUUUACGUCAUUUAGCAGACGCUCUUAUCCAGAGCGACUUACAAAUUGGUGCAUUCACCUUAUAGCCAGUGGGAUAACCACUUUACAAUGUUUUUUUAUAUAUAUAUUUCAUAGCAAUCUGGAAACACUGCACAGUUACUUUAAAUACAAGGCUGAGUCGGUGUGGCAUUGUUAGCGAUAGCCUUGGUUAGCGUGAGAAUGUUCGUAUUGCUUUGCCAGGUUGAGGGUUGCCACAGGGGAUACCCAAGGCUAACGUAACGUUGCCAUCAUUACGUAACGUAGACAUGUACCGUUAGCAUGGUCGUAUCAGGUUGUGGAAGCAGCAGAGAGGGCCAACAGUAACACAUUUAAUGCUGGUGAGGUUUAUAAGCUACAGGAAAGACAAGGCUCACAUGGUGACCCAUCUUUGGUUAACAUUAGAGACCCGUAAACGUUCUUAAUUCUUAAGGGCCAUUUAUUCAAGGCUCAGAGCAGUGUUUCCCAUAGAUUACAUCCUCAACGGGGCACAAGGGGGCAGCAAACACCAAAUUGUUCAAUAGAAACGACUUGAUAGCAAAGGUUUUUAGACAGGGGGUAAGAGAGCUAGGUGGGUUGCCCCGUUUAUGUAAUGGUAGGGGAAACACUGUCUCAGAGAACACAGGGAGGAUCAGUAUUGCUGGAAAGAUCAAGGCCUAUUUCACUAUGUUCUUUCAAACCCACAAGUCACAAUACAUAAAAAAACAUCACUAUAUUUUCCCCCUAACUUUCUCCCUUAUGGAAUCGACUUGGAAAGAAACUUACCAUCAGGGCAUUUGUCAUGCAAUACUUUUUCUUAACUCCUCAGAGUUCUAAGCCUCCCUCUCUUUCUGAGAUAAUAGAAUAACAGAAUAAUACAAAUACAUGUUUGUUCCUGAUUCUUUCAGUAAUAUAAAUGUAACAUACUUAAUGCAUAAUACAUGUUCCCCUUGUUCCUGAAAUGUCUUAGUGUUCUUACAAUGUUCAUAUAGUUAUUUACUGCAACUCUCUCUCUUUUCUGUUACUUGCUGUCAGAGCAUGCCACUGUAACCAUGACAAUCGUUAACUAUGACAACGGCCCAAACUGAUCCCAUCUGUGCCCAAUCAAAACUGUGUCCCCAAAGGGUGGAAAGGAAAGCUCAGUUUCUCAGUCGGGUCUGAAACCAAACCCUCAGCCUCUGUCUCAGCCUGAUGCUUUGUAGGGGAGAGGAACACUGGUUCUAUUACUUGGGACUGAACAAAAAGACUGGACACAGAGAGAGCAGAAGAGAGAAGCCUUUCCCAGCCCAAAGACCGUCUCUAGCUGCAGUGGCUGGAGAGAACCACAAGGGGGUGCUGUGGUCAGUGAAGCUGAAUAUAGAAGGGGCUAG